CAACUGAAGCCCGUUCCGACCUGGAGCCAGAGUUACCGGGGCCAGGCCCGACCGAGCGUCUCGGCAUCAGGAAUCGCAGGCCGCCCAAUUGCUAUCCUGAAGGUGAAUGGGUGCGUUGAAGACAGCUGGCAUCAUAGCAGAUCUACGGUGAGGCUUUAAGUAACCCAUAGCAAGACGUCAUUGGCAUCGAAGUAAACGGCGACGAACAGAACUCUCUUCCUCACCUUUUGUAUCUCUCAACUCAUCCCCACCAAUUCUCUUCUGAACUCAUCCCCACCAAUUCUCUUCUGAACUCAUCCCUCUCUGGAUCUGAUUUGUAAUUGCUACCAUAUAUUGAGUUGAGUGAAUCCAGAGUAGUAGGUCGCUAACAUUCUGGUAUCAGAGCUCCAUCCUCGGGAAAUCUGUGGUGUAUUGUUGAGCCGCAACCAUGGAAAGCAAACUCGAUGCCAUCCUGGAGAAGCUGGCACUGCAGGAGAAGACCGUCGCCAAGUUGGAGUCGCUGAUCGUCAAGGUCGAUGACAUGCGCAGUUCCAUGGGGGAGCUCCGGGAGGUGCAGCAAAACUUGGAAACCUGGCGGCCAAAGAUCGACCGCCAGGUAGCCGAACUCACCGCGGUGGUGGGAUCCCUGAAGGAUCGACUGCCCAUUGUCAACAAGCCGUCGCCGACCGCUCUUGUCGGACGGGGACUGGUGGAUUUCACCCGCAAUUCGCCACCGCUCCUCUCAGGCCCUGGUACCCCGUUUUCGGUCACAGGAGGCGGACAUGCAGGCCCCAGUGGGCACCGUGAAGACCUGGAAAAUCGGGGGUUGGCCUUGGGAAACUCUGGGGUUUCCGAGCAACCUCCGGCCAAGGGAGGAGACGCUAGAGAGUGCGCGAUCGCACCGUGAUGGGCGCAAGCAAGAAAAUCGCCCAAUUGGGGACGGGCGCAACCGAAGUCAAUUCCAGCGCUGUCAAAUCUGACGCCACGGGUUACAUCUCAUCCAGUGACUGAAGAUCGUCGAGGUACAGAAAGUGCUCGAGCACCACAGCACUCGGGCGACAAACUUAAUGCCCUGAAGAACUAUCGGCGAGCACGCGGACUCUGCUUCACUUGCGGAGAGAAAUGGUCGCCAGGACACAAGUGCAGCCAGACAGUUCAACUUCAUGUGGUGGAGGAGCUACUGGCAUUAUUUCAGCAACCUGAACUUGCAGAACCUACACUCUCCGAGGACAGUGAUGAAGACCACACUGAGUCGUUGUUGUCGAUUUCAGAGCAAGCGGUCAGAGGUACUGAAGGAGUGCAGACUGUGCGUUUACAUGGAAAAGUACAGCAGUACGAGGUGAUCAUUCUAGUGGAUUCUGGCAGCUCUACAAGCUUUAUUAGUGCUGAGUUGAGUGGCAAGCUGAAGGGUCUAGUGCCCCUAGCUAAGCUAGUUCGCGUUAAAAUUGCAAAUGGUGGAAUCUUGCAAGGGACAACUGAGAUACCCCAGUGUUCUUGGACCUGUCAAGGGGCAUUUUUUCAGACUUCACUUAAGGUUUUAUCCCUGGGUUGCUAUGACAUGAUAGUGGGUAUGGAUUGGUUGGCAA